AUGGGUUACACUGGCGACGCCCGCAUACGUUGUACUCCACCUGUACAGCUGACCGAGAUUGUCCCGAUAGUGACAUAUGUUACAAUGGAGCCUGUAUCAAUCCUUGUAUUAGAAUCUCCGUGCGCUAUAAGUGCGGAAUGUUAUGGCAAAUCUCAUAGAUCUAACUGUCGCUGUCCUCUUGGGACACACGGAAAUCCAUUGUCCAGGUGUCACGUUUCGGAAUGUGAAGUGGAAUCUGACUGUAAUGAUGAUAGUGUUUGCGUCCGUGGAGUAUGUCAGAACGCCUGCUCUGUCGCUGGCCUGAAUCCUUGUGCUUCCAACGCGGAGUGCUUCGCGAAAAACCACGCCGCUUCUUGUAAAUGUCCUUCAACACUCCCACUUGGCGAUCCCUUGACUCAAUGUGAAAGAGUUCCUCCGGUUAUUGGACAGCCUGAAUGUCAAAUGGACGGAGACUGCCCCAGCGGACAGGCGUGCCUUAGAGAUGUUUGUCGAGAUGCUUGUGCUGAGCUAACACCUUGCACUGGAAACUCACGCUGUUCAGUUUCGGAUAGUAUACCGUUCCGUACGUUAAUAUGCAGAUGUCCAGAAGGCUACGUGCCUAACGUAAAAGGAGCUUGUGACCCGCUCCAAUUACCACCACUAAGUUGUUCAUCUGACACCGAUUGUAGUGACCAAGAAUCGUGUGUUAAUAGGAUAUGCCGAAACCCAUGUAAUUGCGGUGACAACGCCGAAUGCUUCAUUAAAAAUCAUAGACCUGUCUGCUCCUGUCGAGACGGAUACGAUGGCAACCCUUACAGUUCUUGUCGUAUAGUCGGCUGUAGGACCAAUACAGAAUGUCCAUCUGACGAGGCUUGUGUCAACGGUAAUUGCGUCAGUCCUUGCUUACUAAAUAGUACUUGCGGAUUUAACGCUGAAUGUUAUGUAGAAAGAAAUCAUCCGCUAUGUCGGUGCAGGACAGGUUUCGAAGGUGACGCAUAUACAAAUUGUAACCCAAUUGAGUGCCGAUCAAACGGAGACUGCCCGAGAGACAAAUUAUGUCGAGGACACAAAUGUAUCAACCCUUGCCUCUCCGACAACAAUUGUGGACGAAACGCAAUAUGCCUUGUACGUAAUCAUCUACCGGUUUGUAAAUGUGAAUUUGGUUAUAAUGGCAGCCCCUACAUCGAAUGUAAGCCGGAAAUAACCACUGAAUGUACCGUGGACGCGGACUGUCCUUCCAAGAUGGCAUGCUUAUCAGCAAAAUGUGUCAACCCAUGUACUGCUUUACGACCUUGUGUGACACCAGCGCAAUGUGAAGUACUUGCUACGUUACCGGUGCGAACAAUGUUAUGUUCAUGUCCACCUGGAUAUGUGAGUGGUGGAGGAGGUGUAUGUCGUCCAGCCACCACAAUAAACGACGUCACUUGCGAAAUCGACAACGAUUGUACUUCUAACCACGCUUGCGUAACAUCUUUCUGCAAGAAUCCAUGUGAUUGUGGACCUAAUACUGACUGCCAAAUACGCGAUCAUAAGCCGGUCUGUGCCUGUCGACCUGGAUUUCUAGGGGAUCCUCAUACCGGUUGCUACUCAGUAACGUGUAGAGCUGAUAGUCAGUGUAGCGACGAUGAAUCCUGUAUCAACAAUCAAUGCGUACCAGCCUGCUCCGCGGAGCCCGAUCUUUGCGGAGACUCUGCCGAGUGCUAUGGAGAACAACACAGAGCUUUCUGUCGAUGCCAAAUUGGAACAACUGGAAACCCUAACCUCGCUUGUACUCCUAUAAGUUGUCGAGCAAACUCGGAUUGUCCUUCUGAAAAAUCGUGUGUCAACAACAAAUGCGUAGAACCUUGUACAGCAUCCGCUUGUAAUGAGCCGGCGGAAUGCAGAGUUCACUUACAUGAAGUGUACUGUGUCUGCCCACCGGGUUACCAGAGCACCAAAGAUGGUUGCAAUAAGACUCAAGAAUUGUGUACUUCGGACAUUGAAUGUCCACAGGGAACAGCGUGUCUUAAUAGCAAAUGUGUUGACCCUUGUGUUGAAAUAGAGCCUUGUGGCAGAAACACUAAAUGUCUAGUAACAGAUACGAAUCCCGUUAGGACCAUGAUAUGUGAAUGUGAACAAGGAUACAAAGGAAACGCGUUGCUCGAAUGUACACCAUACAAACCACCAAUAACAAAAUGCAUUGACGGACAGGGAGUAAACGAAUUUGGUGAAUGUGAGCCGUGUCUUGAAACAGAUGGCAAAAUAGUGGACGCACGUGGUCGAUGUGUAUGUGACGUAGAGCGCGGUUUUACCUCUAAAGGUGAUACCUGUGUCCCUAUUGGCUGUGGUGUAGACGAACAAUGUGCUGAUGAUGCAAAAUGCAUGAAUGGAAAAUGCGUCCCAGUAUGUGAAGCUGAACCCUGCGGUCUAUUCGCCACUUGUACCGGAGUAAGUCAUCGCUCGCGAUGCACCUGCAUAACAGGCUACGUCGGCAAUCCGAAAGUAGCAUGUAAUGCGACAACUCCAAAUAUUACGUAUAGAACUGACUUCCCACUACCGGAUAUGCAGGUACACUGUUUAGCUGAUGGAGUACAAGUGAGUCUAAAGAUAAAGGACUUCAAUGGAGUACUCUACGUGAAAGGCUAUAGCAAGGACGAGCGCUGUCGCCUCAUAGUGCACACAGCAGAAAACCAAGAAAGCCCUGUUGACUUUACGGUCCACUUUGGCGAUUGUGGUUUAGUUCAUGUUAAUGGUCUAGCAAGCUUUGUGCUGGUAAUGCAGAAACAUCCUAAGCUUGUGACGUCAAACGCUAAGGCGUUCCACAUCAAGUGCAUAUACCAGACGGGCGAACAAAACGUGACAUUAGCUUUCAACGUGUCAAUGUUAACAACUGCGGGAACUAUAGCGAAUACAGGCCCGCCGCCUACUUGCUCUAUGAGAAUUGUUUCUCGUACAGGAGAUGAGGUUAGCUCUGCCGAAAUUGGAGAGAACCUGGUACUGCAAGUAGAUGUCCAACCAUCAAGUAUAUAUGGCGGCUUUGCCCGAAGCUGUGUUGCAAAGACAAGUGAAGUAGCGACGAACAUAGAAAAUGAAUACACUGUGACUGAUGCGGACGGCUGUGCGACGGACGCCGCCAUCUUUGGGGAAUGGGAGAGAAGCGAGGAUGGCACCGCUUUGCGGGCAGCCUUCAACGCUUUCAAAUUCCCAAGCAGUGAUAAUAUACGAUUCCAAUGUAAUAUACGUGUCUGUUUUGGAAAAUGCCAACCGGUGAACUGCCGGGGUAACGACGCCUUCGGCAAGCGCAAAAAGCGUGACGUAAUCGAUGACAACGCGUUAUCGGGACGUCUACGCGAAGAGGUGACCGUGGAGUCGAAUCAGAUAUUGACGCUGGAGCGGCGCGAUCCAUCUCGCGCGGCCCGACAACGCGACGCAUCAGACGGUCCGACCGGCAACGCCGCCGCCGAGGUGUGCGUGUCGGCAGCCGGGCUGGCGGUCGCGUUGGCGCUGACAGCCCUGCUAGCGCUGGUGGCCGUGGCAGCCGCGGUAGCGUGCUGGUUGGUGGCGUGGCGCCGAGCCCGACCUCCACCCGCACCUCUGCCCCACCCCCCCGACUUCCCUAAUCCCCUCUUCCAGCGCUAAGUGUAUAUAGAGCCUCUACUAUAUUAAGUGAAGCAUUAUUAAUGAACUAAUCUAUCGAACUAGUCGUGCCCCGCUCCUCCGUCGGCGCCGGGCGGUGUCGGUCUUUUUCUAGUACUUCGUGCCGCCGGAGGACCGCCGGGUGAGGACGCGACGGGCGCCCCUCGCUCGCGCCCGCUGCGUCCUACCUUUUUUUACUUUGUGUUGACGUCGCCUCCUUCGAACGUUGUGAUAUUAUAUAAAUCGAAUCAACGUAAUGUUGUGUAUAUUAAUUAUCGAAUUAGUUUGUAAGCAAUUAAUAAAAUAAUA